AUGUCGAACUUGAAUCUGCACACAGAGUUCCAGUAUGAUGAUUUGGGCAAUCCAUUCAUUUGUAACUCUAGUGGUACUUGGGUUCCAUAUCUCGAGUAUGCAUGGGCAGCUAGGGUUGACACUCCAUCUGUGCCCCAUGAUGUUCCAUCUGCCCACUUGUUUAUGGGUGGGGAUCUGGGUCUUAACACAUGUCACUACAUCAGACAAAGGCCUGCUAAUGAACCCUUCAUCCAGCAUCAGAAUGCUGGGGGUGGAUCCACUCUGAUCUUGCCUGCCACUUUCCCAGAUGGGCGUGAUGCUUCAAGCAACACACCUGGUGGUGUUGACAGCUGCAUUGACCUAGUCUUAUUCCCCUCCCUGAGAGCCAUGACUGGGCAUCUACCCUCUGUAAAAGUAGCUGGCACCCAACAUGCUGUCCAGCCUAGCAGCAAAUGUAAAGGCAAGGAAAGUGCUGGUAGUAGUAAGAGGGGGAAAAAGAGGUCACUCGUAGUUGAUGUAGAUGCUGAGCCAGAGCUGGUGAAGUUGAAGCAAGGAUGCCCACAAGGUGCUGGGAACUACUCUACUGUGGACACAUCUGUGUUACUGGACUUUGUUGAGGUUGAACUACCUCUUGGACAAUGCAGGUGGCAAGCUGUCACUACCAAGUUUAAUCAGUGGGCAGCUAAGCACAAGUGGCCUGAGUGUAAGCUCAUCAAGACCCCAAAACCAACUGGAGAUGCAGACUGCCCUCCAGAGGUCAAACAUGUACAUCACAUUGACAACCUCAUCAAUGAACAAGCAGGCACAUAUGAUUUGAAUGAUAGUGACUUUGAUGAUGCCAACAAAGUUGACAAGGCCAACAGCUCCAGCUCUGUCCAGCAUGCUUGUGAGGAAGAACAUGCUAACCAUUCCCUCACCAACAUCCAGUACCUCACUUUUUCCCAACAGCUUCAUGAUGAAUGGGCCACCAAUGACAAGUUAUGUGCUCAGAUCUUUGAUCUACACAACCACCUAUAUGAAGCACAGCAAGCAUGUGAUUGUGCUGAAAUGCAGCUCGAGAUGAUGCACAUGGGGCCCCAUGCUGUUGGUAACACCCCUAUGUAUCAUAAUCUCCCAAAACACAAGCACCAGAGCUACUGUUGGUUCCCUGAUGGUGAAAAUGAGGCAGGGAGUAGCAACAUGUCUUAUGAGCACACUCCAGAGAUUUGA